AGAUGGGGACCGCUGAGGCAUCCAGCCUGUGCACUGAACUUGGGUUCUCUAAAGUGUUCAGCCUGAAUCCAGCUACUGGUUUCUUCGACGCUCAGUUCUUCUAGACAGAUCUUGCUGGACUCUGACAGAAAAUCUUCAGAAGAAGAUGGCUUUCUUUAAAACCCUUCGAAAUCAUUGGAAGAAAACAACAGCUGGACUCUGCCUGUUGACAUGGGGAGGUCAUUGGCUUUAUGGAAAACACUGGAGCUCUACGCCACACCAGGGCCAACUUAAUCAGGGACGCUCCUGUUCACUGGGGUUACUGCUGCUUCCACCAUGGGGUGAAGAUUUGAAGAGCUCACUGUGUCCUCUCCUCAGGAUGCCUUCAGAGAUCCUUGAUAACCUGCUAAGGAGAGCAGCCUGUCAAGAAGCUCAGGUGUUUGGCAACCAACUCAUUCCUCCCAAUGCUCAAGUCAAGAAAGCAACUGUCUUUCUCAAUCCUGCAGCUUGCAAAGGCAAAGCCAGAGCUCUAUUUGAAAAAAAUGCUGCUCCAAUUUUACAUUUGUCUGGCAUGGAUGUGACUGUUGUUAAGACGGAUUAUGAGGGACAAGCCAAAAAACUCCUGGAACUGAUGGACAGCACCGAUGUGAUCAUUGUUGCUGGAGGAGAUGGUACACUGCAGGAGGUUGUUACUGGAGUUCUUCGAAGAACAGAUGAGGCUACCUUCAGUAAGAUUCCUAUUGGAUUUAUCCCGCUGGGACAGACCAGUAGUUUGAGUCAUACCCUCUUUGCCGAAAGUGGAAACAAAGUCCAACAUAUCACGGAUGCCACACUUGCCAUUGUGAAAGGAGAGACAGUCCCACUGGAUGUCUUACAAAUCAAGGGUGAAAAGGAACAACCUGUGUUUGCAGUGACUGGCCUCCGAUGGGGAUCUUUCAGAGAUGCUGCCGUCAAAGUUAGCAAGUAUUGGUUUCUUGGGCCACUAAAAAUCAAAGCAGCUCACUUUUUCAGCACUCUUCAGGAGUGGCCUCAGACUCAUCAAGCCUCCAUCUCCUACACUGGACCUACGGAGAGACCUCCCAGUGAGGCAGACGAGACCCCUCCCCGGCCUUCUCUGUACAGGAGAAUAUUACGCAGGCUGGCCUCCUACUGGGCGCAGCCACAGGACGCGCGCUCUCGAGAGAUGAGUCCAGAGGUCUGGAAAGAUGUACAGCUGUCUACCAUUGAACUGUCCAUCAUGACCCGGAACAGCCAUCUUGAUCUGAUGAGCAAAGAGGACUUCAUGAACAUUUCCAUUGAACCUGACACUGUCAGCAAAGGUGAUUUCAUAACCAUAGGAAGUAAGAAGAUGAGAGACCCCGAGCUGCACGCUGCUGGCACCGAGUGUCUCCAAGCCAGUCGCUGCACUCUGCUACUUCCUGAGGGAACGGGCGGCUCUUUCAGCAUCGACAGCGAAGAGUAUGAAGCGAUGCCUGUGGAAGUGAAGCUGCUGCCCAGAAAACUGCAGUUCUUCUGUGAUCCCAGGAGGAGAGAACAGAUGCUGCAGAACGCAGCCCAGUGACCAGGCCGCCAAGGGGUGCUCUGAGACCAUACCUUAGGCCACCAAUGGGAACAAAAGGAAACAGGUGCUUCUCUGUCCUCACAUUGUCAGAGGAUCACAAUGGCACUUUCAUGGCCAGUCCCUUCUCCCCUCCCUGCAAUGCGCAGAGCACACCCCAUCACCCACCGUGAUCACCCACCGUGAUCAGCGUUCUGUUAGCGCCUGCCUGCUCUGUGGUAUGACAGAGUCCCUUCUACAUAGAGUUUCCUUGGGCUGCCUCAAGGAAGUUCUCCCAGUAGGUGCAAAAGGGAUGGAAUGUGGCGACUUUUCCAGAUGUGCCCACAGGGGAGACCAGGGUCUUCAGACUGUCUCAGCUCUUCCUGUUCUGUUCACUGGCCAUCCUAGGGACUUAGGGAAGCAGCUGGCAUCUCUAGGUACCUCCCUGUUUCUGGGCUUCUCCACGGGUGCUGCUACAUUGUGAGCUCUUGUUUCCUCCAUCCAAAAGCAAAUGUGAGGUAAUUGCCUUCUUCAACCGUGACUAAAAUAUUGUAAAUGAUUUUUUAAA